GGCCCAGCAGGGCCAGGAGGCGGCGAAUGGGAGGAGACAACAUCGGGGACACGGGGAUCGGUGGGUGCUGCUGUGUCCCGGUGGGUCUCGGUCUGGUCCUGCUGGCUCCCGGUCCUGCUCCCGGUUCUUCCCGCCGGUGGUUCCGGGGGUCCGUGCGGGUCCUGGUGCUGCUCGCAGCGUGUCCCGGUCCGGACCGUGUCGCUGCCGGACGGUCCCGGUGUGGCCGAUGCCGCCCCGGUCUCUUCCCGGCAGCCGCCGCCGUUUCCCGGAACGCGCGUGCGGGAAUCCCCGGGAAUCCCGGCCUGGCACGCCCACGCCUGGAGUAACGUCCAUGAUUGGUCAAGGCGGAGGUGACAUCAUCGGUUGCUAAGCAGAGGAGGCCGGCGCGGGUUGAGCGGCGAAGGAGGCGAUGCCAGGAGGGUGCGAGGUGAACCUAAUGGCCACAAAAAAAAGGAGUUCUUCGCAGCAUGUCCAAGGAGGACAAAUUGAGUCCAUUACAACUGUGUCUGCUGACAAGCUGACUAAGAAAGGCGGAGCAAAGAUACUUGAGAUAAUCAUAUCUGUGCUUGUGAGCUCUCUGGUUGAUAAAAUCCUAGAACUGAUACUGGAAGCAAUCAGAAGGGGAAAUAAGAAGAAGACCACAAAAGCCCUGGAAUCUAAGACAGAUGACUCCCAGGAGCUCAUAAAAACAGUGGAAGCCUUGCAGGAACGUGUCAAAGAAUUAGAGGAGUCCAGACAGUGUGAGUGUCAGCUCAGAGCAAAGCUGGAGAAGAACCAAGGAAAGAAAGAGGAGGAAAUUUCAAGUGCUGAGAUGAUUAGCAAAAUCCAGCAGCUCUUACAAAGAAUUGAAACUCUGGAAGAACGUUUACCGAAAUUGCCAGAGUCAUCAGCAUGAGUUUCAGCUUCUCAGAGCAGACCAGAAGAAGUAACAAGCCUGCUGGUGGAUUUGUGUCAUUUCUUGCUCAACGGUGACAUCUGGUGACCGACGACAUGUGUUGCCUGCCCGAUUGACCCCUCGCGGGCCAGCGGACCGGGACGCCUGGGACCUCCGCGGGACCCCCACCGGACCUCCACCGGGACCCCUCGGCACCCGCGCGGUCUGCCCGCGCUUGGACACCCUCUGUUUCUCCGGAGAGGUCUCCUCUUUCUGUGAUAUCAGUGCCGCCGAGAGCAAUAGCCGCAUCUCAGCCGUGCCUGGGAGACUGUGGUUCUCCGCCUGCGCCAGAUUCGACCCUUCUGUCCCCAAUGGUCCAGUUCUCCCCUUUCCUAUGAAAGGAGGCUGAGGCUUUGCUGCAGCAAUCACCUCUGCCUUUUUCCCCCCUGCACACCGGGGACGAACUUUCUCACAGCUGGCAGGAGCCGCAGUUUCUGGCUCACGGUUUCGCCUCUGGUUCGCAGGAGGGGGUGGGGGCGGUUCUGGCAUCAGCGGUUGCCACGACAACACUGGUCGCUCUGUCAGCAUCCUUGUCAUCAGCCACGGAGCCUGCACAGCUGUACCAGCCCACUGUCAAUGCCUGUCGGCAGUGCCGGUUCCAGCUGAUGUCACGCCCUGGCCGGUUUCCCCCUCCUUUUCCAUGGUGCCUGUGUCAAGGAUUUUUUGCAGGUUGAGGAGUUUUUGCAAGAGUUUUUGCGGCCAUAUUCAGCCGAUGCACAAUCCAGCCUGCUUGUAAUAAUGGACAAUGGACAUGUUCACAAACAAUAGAUAAUGGACAUAUACAGAUAUGGGGUCAGUAUAUCCUUGAAAAAGAUACAAGAAGAAGAGUCAUCAAGACUCAGCAAGUUUGUCAGCAAGCUUGGGAAAGUAAGCCAUGGGUGAGCCAGACAACCACAGCAAAAUGCAUGAAGAAUUCGAUGAUCCAAUCAGCAUUCUAUUUUAGACGCGUGGACAGCUAAGAUUAACCAAUCAUGUAUUAGCUAGAGACGUGUGGACAGUAGAGACUUAUUAUAAAUAUAGUCUUUUAGAGAUAAUAAAUUUAGCUUCACUAGAUCAUAUUAGUUAUAGCGUGAUGUCCCUAAACCUCCGCAUCCCGCAGUGCCUGUGCAGACAACAGCGACCGUGACCAUGGAUCCAGCACUGUCUCUCUGAAUGGUAAAUCACACAGCAGGGGCUAUGUCUUCUUUUGGUUGCGGGGAGGCUGCCUCCUCCUCGUCUUGGCGCAGUGGCCAACUUGGCUGACUUAAUGGCUUUUGCACCUUUGCUGGUGCAGCCUGCGGCAACAGUGGUAGUGCCACCAGCCAUGACCACACUGCCUGUUGGCCCAUCUUUGGCUGCACCAUCCAUGGCUGGGUCCCUGGCCAUGGCACAGCCAGUAGCUGGUCCCCCUGCAUCUGGGCUUGUACCUAGCCCUUCAGUCUCGCAGCCCAUGGUUGGCCUCUCAAAUCUGGGCCUUUCAGUUGGUCUGCCACCCCCUGUUACCCGCUGGCUGUCCUCCCCUUCCCUAGAUGAGGACUUGGACAGCAAUGACAGCCAACAGCCAGUCCCAUGGCAAGAGUGUGUUCCGGUGGUAGACUGCCGGCAUCAACAGGUAGAAUCAUCGUCCACUUAUAACCUCUGGACUUCGCCUCCCUGUCGGGUGACUGUGCGCCCCAGGAAUCCCUGCAGCUUUUGGGAUGAAGUCAAGACACAAGCUUCAGAAGCUGGGGGUAGGGGUCUGUUGGACAGGGCGGGGAGGCCACGGUGUACAGCUGGCGACACCACACUUGCCUUGGGGGGUGGGGCCACAGGUGUCGAUUGGAUGGCUUGUCCAGCAUCUGAGGGAGGGGCAUGGGUGGUUCAGAAGGACCAUGUUCUGCCACAAGGCAAGGUGAGCACUCUUUCCAUGUUUAAAGCUGUCCCAAAUUUGGGACUUGUCAACAGGCAUGAUGAAUUUGCCUGGCGGGCAAUCCAGGAUCUGUGGGACCAGGUUGCGAAAUAUGGCCUUGGCUCUGCGCAAUUUAUGCAGGCUCUCAGAGCGCUAUCCACGGACCUGCUUCCUCCAUUUGAUAUUAAACAUAUUGGUCAGGUACUGUUCCAGCCUGUGCAGUAUGUGAUUUUUAAGAAGUACUGGACGCAGACUGCUGUGAAGGUUGUGGGAAGCAACAGGCUUCUACCUCAGGCUGACCCUAGGUAUGGCAUGGGGGUGGAUGCUCUCCUCGGGGAGCAUGCCUUUUCCAAUCCUGAUUUUCAGGCUACGUGGGACACUGCUGUUCUUGAGCUGUGUCAAAAUGCAGGAUUUGGUGCAUUGGUGAAGACCAUUGAGGCAGCCUCCCCUGCGCCACAAUGUACAACGAUUGUACAGGGACCAGGUGAGCCUUUUAUGCCAUUUGUCGAGAAGGUUGUUGCUGCCCUGGAGAAGCAGGUUGAGGAUAUUGCCUUAAGGGAGAGCUUCUGCAAGAUGUUGGUCUGGUUCAAUGUGAACAGUGAUUGCUGGAAGAUCAUAGAUGCUCUUCCAGGUACCCGUUGGUGGCAGACAUGGUCGAUGCAUGUAUUAAGACGGGUGCUGUGGACCACAGAGUGUCUGCUCUGGAAGUUGCUACACAGCCAGGCCAGGUGCCCUCAGGGGGCGGACAAUGGAAAAGGGAUAAAAAUAAGGGCAAGAAAAAGUAAGGUAUGCCCAAGCCAACAGGUAUAUGGCACCUUCUUGUGCUCUGGAUGCCUAAAGGCAGGUCAUUGUUCAGACCAAUGCAGAGCUAAAUUUCAUGCCAAUGGCCAGCCUUUGGUGGGCCCGGGAAAUGGGAAGAAGAGUGCACAGAGGAAUUGCACCUUGACACAAGUGAUUCCUCCAGGGCAUGAUGCUGGGUCAGGCUUGCCCAGGCAGCUUAGAGGCAUCACCCGGGGUUCUGCCGGCGUGGAUGUACAUACCACCAGCACAGUCAUCUUAGAAUCCUGUUGUGAGCAUAAGGUUCCUUUGGACGUGCUCGGACCUUUGGGACAGGGACUGGGUGUGCUGCAUGUGGGGAGGUCUAGUGUCACCCACCAAGGAAUCUUUGUUUCACCUGAGAGUCAUUGAGUCUGACUUUUUUUUUUUUUUGUGCCAUGGUUUUCGUGCCCUCCCCCUCUGUCACUAUUCGGGCAGGGACUUGGAUUGUUCAACUUGUGUUCUUUCAGUCAUGUAUCCCCAGGUCUGACCUGCAGACUCAUGGGAGUGGUGGCUUCAGAUCUACGAUCCCUCUGGUCUGCAGCCAUUUCCACUCAGCAACCCCAGAUGGUGUGUAUCCUGACCCUAUUGGGUGCCCACCUGCCAAAGAUCAAGCUGCAAGGUUUGAUCAACAUGGGGGCGGAUGUGACUGUCAUCUCUCUCUCUCUCUCUCUCUCUGUGGCCUCUUGCUUGGCCUUUGGCCCCUGUGGGAACACCCAUUGUGGGGGGUCUGGUAUGUACCUUGAUGAGCCAAUGCUUUGUGCUCAUCGCCAACACGAAGGGGCAGGUGGCUCCAGUUGGACCCUAUGUCGUUUCAACCCCCAUCAGUCUGUGGGGGUGGGAUGUAUUGGCUGCCUGGGGGGUGCAGAUUGGGAUGGAUUUUUAGCUGGGACCACUACAUUGAAGGGCGAAGGAUAUCCUACGCUGCCUUUAUGGUGGCUGGUGGACAAACCCCUUUGGGUUCAUCAGUGGCCCCUGACAGAACAUAAACUGGCCACCCUUCAUGAAUUGGUUCAGGAACAACUGUGACAGGGACACAUUGAGCCUUCUAUGAGUCCCUGGAAUACUGUCUUUGUGAUAAAGAAAAAAUCUGGGAAGUGGAGGUUGUUACAAGACCUCCGGAAAAUUAAUGCAGUGAUGGAAAGCAUGGGAGCAUUGCAGCCUGGUAUGCCCUCACCCACAACGAUCCUUGUGGGAUGGGAGAUCUAGGUCAUUGAUUUGAAGGAUUGUUUUUUUACAAUUCCUUUGUGUUGCAGUGUGAUGCCCUCAGGUGUGCCAACCUUUCCCCUCCCCUUUUGCCCUCCUGCUAAGAGCUGUCCAUCAAUCUUAACAUUCCAGCAAGGGCGUCGUGUGGUUGGCAGAAGUUCAAAAGAUGCCCCUCAGGUCGGGGCUCACUGGCCUGUCCAAGUGUCUAUAUCCCUUGAGCCUUCCCCUCCUCCCACCUGGUUGGCCCUUACCUGUCCCUUCCCCUCCCCCUGUCCCUGGGGCUUAAAAGCAGAUGAGACCAUGCAGUCAGGGUUCUAUUGGGAGCUGUUUCAGAGGUCUACCAUCCUAGAAUAAAACUCUGGAUUAAGACUCUAAGAUACAAUCCGCUCUUUUCUCUUCACUGUCACCUGAACCUUUUCCACCAGAGGUAAAUUGAGUUCCUACUUUGCCUGGAUUUGUUCCGAGUGCCUAGCUGCAGCAUCCAGCCAGCCAAGGUAUCUCUGGGGUAAAACGCCACAGCUGCUGCCUUUGGUCCAGCAGCAAGGGUCAGAUGCAGCCAGGCACGACACACCUGGAAACGCUGGGAUUAAUAUUCUAUACCUUUGCAUCCUGAUGAUAGGCCAAAGUUUGCCUUCACAAUGCCUUCAGUCAACAAUGCCGAACCUGUGUGGAGAUAUCAAUGGAAGGUUUUCCCACAGGGCUGUCGCAAUAGCCUGACUAUUUGUCAGUGGUAUGUGGCUCAGGCUUUGUUCGGGGUUUGCGUUCAGUUUCCUGAUGUGUGUUGUUAUCAUUAUAUGGAUGAUAUCCUGGUGGCAACACCCACCCAGGAUGAGUUGCUGUGGAUACAGCCUCAGCUGUUUGCUGCUCUGCAUGCUUUUGGGCUGUAGAUGACCCCAGAGAAAGUUCAGCAGCACCCUCCGUGGAAGUAUCUGGGGGUCAAAAUUCUUGACCAAACCAUUCAGCAUCAGGAGUUGCAAUUUUCAGAUUCUAUUCAGACCUUGAAUGAUGCCCAGAAGUUGAUGGGUGUCAUCAGCUGGUUGCAUCCUUAUUUAGGACUGACACACUAGGAACACAAUUGUCCCCAUUGUAUGACACUUUGAAAGGGGAUCUUGACCUGAGGUCGCCUCAGGAACUGAUCCCUGCAGCACAACAAGUGCUGGAGGAGAUCCAAAGGGCUGUUUCUGCUCGUCAGGUUCAUCAGAUAGAUCCUUUCAUUGAUAACACUGUCUUCAUUACCAAUCCAGAUUUUCAUCCUACAGGUAUUAUUGGCCAGUGGAGCGACAAGUGGUCUGAUCCCUUGCACAUUUUGGAAUGGGUCUUUUGGCACCAUCAGCUGAAAAAGAUGGCACCCUCAUUGUUUGAGCUAAUUGCUUGUUUGAUAAUCAUAUGCUGUCAAUGGUGUUUGCAAUUGAUGGCUGCCGAUCCCUCAGCGAUCAUUCUUCCUGUGGAACGGGAAGAUUUUGAAUGGAGCCUUGCUAACAGCGCUCCUUUGGAGAGUGCACUGCAGAACUUUUCAGGGCAGAUUGCUUAUCAUAUGACCAGCCAUAAGUUGCUGCUUCUGGCAAAGACAUCAGGUUUGUUGUUGUGGCCAAAGAGCAGCCGGGUGCCAGUGCAAGGGCCCACUGUCUUCACUGAUAGUUUGGAAAAACAGGGAAGGCCAAUGUUACUUGGAAGGAUGAAUCUGGAUGGCAGACGCUGGAAGGCCAUGAGUCAGGCUCGGCCCAACUGAUUGAGUUAAAGGCCGUUGCCAUGACGUUCCAGAAAUUUUCCCAAGUGCGUCUGAAUUUGGUGACUGAUUCUGCCUAUGUCGCGGACAUAACCAAGUGUUUGGAUUGUUCACUUCUGAAGGAAGUCAAUAAUGUGGUUUUGUUUCAGUUAUUGGAAGCCUUGUGGAGUGCAAUUCAAACCUGAUUCCAUCUGUAUUACAUCUUACAUAUUUGGAGUCACACCAACUUACCAGGUUUCAUAGUGGAAGGUAAUGCCAGGGCUGACAGGUUGGCUAACCCUGUGUGGGUAGCACCUCAGCCUGACAAAAUUGCACAAGCCAAGGCGUCACAUUAUUUUUUCCAUGAAAGUGCGCAUACUUUGCAGAAACAGUUUCAUUUGACACUGACUAAAUCUUGUGACAUCAUCAGUUCUUGCACUGACCGUCAUGGAUUCUCUGCACCUUUGCCAGCGGGGGUGAACCCCAGAGGCCUAAAGGCCUUGCAGCUUUGGCAAACAGAUGUCACUCACAUUGCUGAAUUUGGCUGACUCAAGUAUGUGCAUGUGUCUAUUGACACAUUUUCCUCUGCCAUGUGGGCCUCUGCUCACACUGGGGAAAAAGAGUUGCGAUGUGAUUGCCCAUUGGAGGAUGGCUUUUGCAGUCUUUGGAAUACCUUCUUCUGUGAAAACUGACAAUGAUGCUGCUUAUGUCUCACAGACGAUGCAGCAGUUUUUACACCUGUGGGGAGUGUCACACAAGCUUGGUAUUCCACACUCUGCAAUGGGCCAGGCCAUUGUUGAAUGCGCUCAUGGUACCUUGAAGCAUGUUCUGGACAGACAGAAAAGGGAAAUGCCUGGAGAAAUGCCACACAGACAACUGGAAAAAGCUUUAUAUACAAUCAACCAUUUGACAGUGCCACAGAAUUCGGAGAACCCUGUCAUUCUAAAUCACUUUCUCUCAUUGCAU